AGAAGAUUUAGAUUUUGCCAGACCCCAGUUUCCGUGUUUACCCUCUUUGGGUAAACAAACAAAUAUACAAGUACUAUAAGUUUUCUUUAUUUUUUGUUUUUGUAUUUUAAAGAUUGCUUCUUGCAUUUGAUCGUGCCACAAAAAAAAUAUUAAUCAUGUGUUUAGCUUGGAAAGGAAGUGAAUUGCUUUAGAGGAAGAAGCAAUUUAUUGCAUGUUUGUGGACCUUUUUGAGAAAAUUCAAGUUAAAGCAAGUGUGCCCUUUUUGGGUAGAAUUCUUGGAAUACUGGUAUAUUUGAUUGAUAUUUGGAGAGUUUGAUAAUUCUAUCGAAGAAAUGGUGUAAAUUUAGCUAGUCUUUGGUGGUGGUGAAAUGUCAGUAGUAGUUUCUCCACCUCCAAGUAUUGCACCAUUUCCUGUUCCACCAAUUGCCUUAAGUCCACCUCCUCAGCUUCCUUCUCCCGUCCCAGAAUCUCAACCUAAUGCGACAGCACCACCUGUUUCUUCUUUUCCUCCAACCUUACCCCCGCAAUCUGAUCCUCCCCCGGCGUCACCACCACUAUCGCCUGCUCCAAGUAACGUGACUUCGCCUCCUCCAUCGGCCCCACAAUCGCCUCCUCCAUUGGCCCCACAAUCGCCUCCUCCACCGGCCCCACAAUCUCCUCCUCCAAGUAACGUAAUAUCGCCUCCUCCAAUGGCUUCCCCACCCACAGCAUCCGCUUCUCCACCCUUACCUUCCUCGCCUCCACCUAGCCCACCUGCUAGUUCACCACCACCUAAAUCUUCUCCUCCACCUGCUAGUUCACCGCCACCUCAAUCUUCUCCUCCCCCUGUUAGUUCUCCUCCACCUCCAUCUAGCCCACCAGUUAGUGCAUCACCACCUCCGAAAGUUGAUCCUCCACCUGUCUCACCUCCCCCACAACCAACUCCUCCAACAAGUUCACCUCCACCGCCUCCAAAAGUUGAUCCUCCUCCUACCGCACCUCCACCACAACCAACCAAUCCUCCAAGUUCACCUUCACCGCCUCCAAAAGUUGAUCCUCCACCUGUAUCACCUCCGCCACCUGCACAGAAUCCGGAUCCUGAACCUCCGAAAGGUUCAUCCCCAGCACCACCCUCACCCGUGAAUUCACCUCCACCCCCCACGUCUGUGCCACCACAAGGUUCACCUCCUACCCCACCCUCUGACCCUCCUAAAAAUUCACCCCCUUCACCACUUCCACCUACAAAUUUACCUCCAUCGCCAUCAUUUCCGCCACCACGAGAUUCACCUCCUACCCCAUCCUCGGAACCUUCUAGAAAUACACCUCCUUCACCACCCGUUCCUUCAGGUGGAACCCCCACCAAUGGAUCGAGUGGUACUGCAGCAGACAGCUCAAACAGCUCGAGUAGUAACGGCAUAGGGACUGGAGGUACAAUUGCCAUUGGCGUCAUUGUUGCUGUUUUAUUGCUUAGUGUUAUUGGAGUAGUUGGUUGGUGCGUAUGGAAGCGGAAGAAAAAGGCUUUUCAUGGCAAUGGCGGAAAUGUCAUGCCAACCUCUAUGGGCUCCACCCCAAAAUCUGAUUCUGUCUUAUUGAGGAUACAGGAAUCAACACUAGCGACUGGUAAUGGAACUGGCAAUAAUUUCCUAAAUUCUCCUGGAGGAUCUGGUGGAUUGGGAAAUUCAAAGAUAUGGUUUACUUAUGAAGAACUAGUUAAGGCUACUAAUGACUUCUCGGCUGAGAAUAUAUUGGGGGCGGGUGGAUUUGGUUCUGUAUACAAAGGACGACUACCAGAUGGGAGGGAUGUAGCAGUAAAGCAACUAGAUAUCGGUGGGAGCCAGGGGGACCGGGAGUUCAGAGCUGAAGUUGAAAUCAUUAGUCGAGUACACCAUCGCCAUUUGGUUUCCCUUGUAGGUUAUUGCAUUUCUGAGAAUAGAAGGCUCCUUGUUUAUGAAUAUGUCCCAAAUAACACCCUUUACUUCCAUCUUCAUGCGGAAGGAAGGCCUGUUUUGGAUUGGGCAACACGUGUAAAGAUUGCUGUUGGUGCAGCUCGUGGAAUAGCUUAUCUGCAUGAAGAUUGCCAUCCUCGCAUUAUCCACAGAGACAUUAAGUCAUCAAACAUUCUUUUGGAUAUUAACUUCGAUGCUCGGGUUUCUGACUUCGGAUUAGCUAAAUUAGCUCAGGAUGCAAAAACUCAUGUUACAACACGUGUUGUGGGAACAUUUGGAUACAUGGCUCCUGAAUAUGCAUCAAGUGGCAAGCUGACCGAAAAAUCCGAUGUGUAUUCUUUUGGGGUUGUGCUUCUGGAGCUAAUUACUGGACGGAAGCCCGUUGAUACAUCUCAGCCUAUAGGGGAUGAGAGUCUAGUUGAGUGGGCUCGGCCUUUGCUUACGCAUGCACUUGAGAAAUUGGAAUUCGAUCAGUUGUCAGAUCCACGCCUUGAGAGGAAUUAUGUUAUCCCUGAGAUGUUUCAACUGAUCGAGGCAGCUGCAGCUUGUGUGCGCCACUCAGCUGCAAAGAGACCAGGCAUGGGACAGAUUAUGAGAGCUUUUGAUAACAUGUCUACGUCUGAUCUGACGAACGGGAUGAAAGUUGGUGAAAGUAGAAUCUAUAACUCUGCAGAACAAUCUGCAGAAAUAAGAUUGUUUCGAAGGAUGGCAUUUGGUAGUCCAGAUUUUAGUUCUGAUUUUUUUAGUCAAGGUACACAGCAUAGUGGAGAGUCGGCUGAAGAUAGGGUAUAGUACACAGCUAAACGCCUUGCUAAAGCAAGUGUAUAUGUAUCUGUUCAUAGAUCAAAGGCUCCUACGUUGAGAGGUACAUGUUUGCCUCUCCGAGGUGAUUUUGGUUAGGUUUUGUAGCAAUUUUUCCUGUAAGUAACGAAAAUUUUUUGUCAUCUCCAAUAUUUUUGUUCUUUCAAAGGUCUAUUCAAUGUCUUUGUUCUUCUCAAAUGGUGGAAAUGAAACAGCCUCUCUGCGUA